AUUGCUACAAAAGGUUGCCAAGACACUGGAUAUUUCGAAAAUCAACCACGAGCCUGCCACGCUCCCAAACCUCCACCAGCCCAUCUUACCGUCCACGUGUCAUCCAUCUAAUGGCAUCAACCCCCAUCCCCAAGCAUACUUUUUAUCGCCCUGCCUGCUUGCUCCCUCCCCGAUCUUCAUUCACAACACAGUAAGCGUUACUUCAAAACCCUCGUCAAUUCUUCUUCCCUUGUUUGCAAGAAGUCUAUCUUUUGCCUUUGCGUUGAAGAGUCUGUUUACCGUUUUUGAGCCAUGUUGCUGAAAGCUGCUCCAGCUUUUUCUUUGUUGAAUGCUCAAGUGGAAAAUCAGGGAUCCCUGUUUUCCUCUGUUUCUUCAUCUCAAAGCUCUCUUUUCAGUUCUUUUUCUUCUCCGACUCUUCGGGUUUCCACGCCGAGAAAUAGAACUGGGGCUGUUAUUGUUUGUGCUGCCAAAGGAGCCAACAACAAGCCACUAACUGGUGUCGUUUUUGAGCCCUUCGAGGAGGUUAAGAAGGAGCUCGAUCUUGUCCCAAAAGUGCCUCAGGUUUCUUUGGCUCGUCAAAAGUAUACUGAUGAGUGUGAAGCUGCUGUCAAUGAACAAAUCAAUGUCGAAUACAAUGUCUCCUAUGUGUACCAUGCUAUAUUUGCCUACUUCGACAGAGACAACAUUGCGCUCAAGGGUCUUGCCAAGUUCUUCAAGGAAUCGAGCUUAGAAGAGAGAGAGCAUGCUGAGAAACUGAUGAAAUACCAGAACAAACGAGGUGGAAAAGUGAAGCUGCAGUCCAUCGUGAUGCCUCUCUCUGAGUUUGACCAUGCAGAGAAAGGAGAUGCAUUGUAUGCGAUGGAGCUUACCUUGUCCCUGGAGAAACUAACAAACGCAAAGCUCCUGAACUUGCACAGUGUUGCUGAACGGAACCACGAUGUGCAGUUGACAGAUUUUAUUGAAGCUGAAUACUUAUCUGAGCAGGUGGAGGCCAUCAAGAAAAUAGCAGAAUAUGUGGCUCAGUUAAGAAGAGUUGGAAAGGGACAUGGGGUGUGGCACUUUGAUCAGAUGCUUCUCCAUGAGGGAGAGGAAGCUAUUGCAUGAUACCGAAACUUGCUGAUCGGUUCCAUGUCUGAGGUUGUUCUAUAAGGUCUUGUGUCAGUAGUUCCUUGUCAAGAGAUUUUGGUUGUAAUCUGUAUAAUUAGUGCAGACAGAAACUUUUGUGUUGAUGAUCAGAGCUCAUAUGGGAUAUUUUUAAGUCCUCUUAAUCGAAGUAGUUAUAGAUUCAUGGAUUUGCUA